AUGAAAAGAGAUGAUGAUAUAUUCAGGCAGACAAAGUAAAUUUUAAAUAGGCGAACAAGUUUGCCGCUUUAUACAGCCACCUCAUUUUUCGAAAGGCAGCAAUCAACCUCCCCAGACAGCGCCCAGCGGGAACUUUUGAACCGAUCUAUUGACUACGGCUUAAACACUACCUCAUAUGGAAUAAGAGGAAAAUCAAUCCGUCACAAGCGGGGUUUCUCUGAAACCAAAGAGCAGCUUGAAGUAAUUCAGCAGACUCUAAGAUCUCCUUACGAUAAAAUUUCCCUCGAAAACAGAAGCAUGAGGCUAGACUCUAUGAGAAAUGAAAGCACUUUAUCAACAAUUCAGUGUGAUCAAUUAGGAAAUCCCAAAAAUUCAUUAUAGCUCGAGUCUCGUUUUGGCUAUCCUGAUCUCUGGAGUUGGGUUACCAACAUUUGUUAGUAAAGGCAAACUCCCUGACGACAAAUAUCCAAUAAGGAGCGUACUUGAUAGUAGCGGACUUGAUAUGAAGGUGAGUUGGCUUUACAAGCAAUUGUCGGUAAACCCAACUCUCCGAUUGGCAUCUCCCGAGAUCAGAAUGGCCAAGCCAAAAGAAGGCUCAGGCUAUAGCAGGCGAAAUCGAAGAACUCUACGAAGCCCUUUCAAAGGCAAACGAAUCUAUAAAUUUGAUAUACACGCAUUAUCUAUCACUUGAAAAUAUCAACGAUGAGCUCAGAAAAGAAAUAGAGGAACUUACAAGCAGCAACUCUUCAGCGAAAGAUAAUGAAGUAAAAGCUGUAAUGUUAAUGCAUAAAUAAAAUGGCAUUCGGUUCGAGAGAAAUUAGCUCUGCUAAUUUUCUCUCCCUCAUGGAAUUUUAUUUAUAGGGUUAGGUUUUCACUCGAGAACUUCUGGACAGCAAUAGCGGUUUAACUCUGGGGAUAACCAGAGGAACUGCUCCUCAGUCCUCUCAAGAUUUCGGGGUUUUACCUCUCAGCACAUCUCCACGGGAAGAUGACCCUUAGGCGGAACACGCGCAGGAGCUGAGUCGAGACAAGGGCGACGGCAUCGCGCCGGGUGAGACGUGCAGCAAGACUGGUGAAGCAGGAGUUGAUAGAAGGCUUGGCCAGGGCUGACCUGUUCCAAGAUGGCUCGCCUACGUCACUAGUUUUGCCAUAGGUCCUUUUUGGGCUGCGGCACUAGACACCUUAAACACCAGAUAAUUAAGUUAAGUUAAGUAAUGUUAAUGCAGUUACAAGAAAAUUUAAACACGAAUGUGGAAAGUUUGAAGACAAAUUAUAGAGAAAAGAAAAAUAUUGAAAACGCAAUAGAUAAAGAAGAAGGGAUUGUGAGAAAGCUGCAGGCAGAGUGUGAUGCGUUGGAUGCGAAAAGAAGAGUACUGCAGGGACCUCAUGAGGAGCUGCUUACACCUGCUUCACUUAAUCAGCAGCUUGGUAUGUUAGCACAAAAGCAAGCUGCAAUUGAUAAAAAAAAUGAAAAGUACGAAAAAUACAUUCAAUCGAAAACGAAGGGUAAAAACUAA